GGGGUGUGAAACAACAAAGGCCAAGAAAAGAAAAGAAAGACCGAGGAAAGACAAAAUAGAGGCCGUUAGUAGAGGUGAUAUCGACCAGGGAAAGGGGCGGAGUGUACAGCUACAACGCCCUCUCAAAGUCAACUAACUCCUUGAACUGUGCACUAUACGCAUCCCUGGUCUCUUUUGUUGGCCUUGGGAGAGGGCGUCUCGCAUAUCCUCCAUAUCCAAAGUGCGACUGCAUUGCUGACUUGAUACCGACCACGCCGCUCUUGAUGGCAGCCCAGUCGCCUCUGGAUAGGAUGUCCUGCACCUCACGGGCCGCAUCCAUCUUGCCAUCAGCGUACAGGCUCAGCAGCAGCAUGCAUGUCUUGGGUGCUAGAUUCGCAAUUCCCCCGAUGAUUCCAGACCCCCCACCGAUCAUGGUCUGGAGCGUAAAGUCGCCGGAUCCUCCAAAGCAGAGGAAUGUGUUGCUGCUGGCAUUGCCAUUGUUGAUACUAGCCAUUUUAGUACUCUUGUGCGUUGCUCGCUGGGCUGUGGCAACGCGGUUGAGCUUGCCCGUAUUUCCACAGGUGAACUUACACCCCACGAUAUUGGGAUGCUUGCUAAGGGCGAUGAUGGUGUCCGAGUCCAGAUCAAGCCCCGAAGCGGCAACGGGGUAGUUGUAUAUCACGAUCGGGAUGGGAGAGGCGUCAGCUACAUCUGUGAAGAAUUGCAUAAUCGUAUCGGCCGCGAACAAUCCCCGGUAAUACGAGGGAGCAAGUACUAGGGCAAAGUCCCCCCCGCUUGCAUAUGCAUCGCAACAGAGCUGGAUGGUUUCGCGCGUCGACUGGGCACUGCAGCCAACCAUUAGUGGCAUGCUAGUGUAGCCUGCGCUGUCAAGAGCCUGGCGGGUAUUUUCUGUGACCAAUUUCCGCUCCUCGGGGGACAGGUGUAUGGCCUCACCGUUAGAGCCGUGGACGGUAAUGCCCGUCACGCCAGCCUCAGCCAGUCUUACUGCAUGCUUUGCUGUCGCAGAGAGGUCUACGUCCUCAGUGCUAGGAUCAAAGACGCAAACUGUUGGGACAUAGAAGCCAGGAAUGAGGGUGCGGAUCCCCUUAGUGACUGGCUGCAGGCUACUCCGGUCCAUGACGCCGUCACCGUUAUGCAUCGGAGGCAUUGUUGGUAAGGAUGAAGGGGACGAAACAGAGGGUAGAGUUGACGGCAUCCAAACUUGAACACGGAUACAAAGUUUUAUACUUAUGGAUGGAGUGACUGGCAAUCGAAAUACAACAAAAAGGGCUGAGUAAUAAUGCUGCGCGCUUGAGGGAAUCGGAGAAGGUAUCAAGAGGAACCGGAGCCGUCAACCGUGACCCCAACCGGUCAUAUAUCAACCGUUGCAAUAAGGAGUAAGACGUGUCAGAGGAAGUUGAGUGAGGGAGCUUGUAUAGAUGAAGGGAAUAAUGAUAGGGGAACCAAAAAGGAAAAAGGAUCAAGAUAUAUCCCCUGGUUAUAUAUGCAUCCACUCUGCGCGCACCAACCCUGAAGGAAGGAGAGAAAUAAAUUAAAAAAAAAGUGUCAAAGGUCUCGGGAAUCCAAAACUGUUGGAAGGGAGCUAAUCAAGCUCGGCGUUCGAGGCGUGAAUUGCGGAGAG